GUCGAAGCCCGAAGGCCCGGGAGUUGCCAGUCGUCCGCCGUCCGUGCAGCACGCCGUUUCUCGUCGUCGUCGCACGCGUCCGCCGCGUCCAGCUGCCGAACACACGCACACUCGCCCAGUCCCCCCACUACCCUCCCCUCGCGUACCCAUCAAACGGUCGCGCGGCGCCGCGCCGCCCGCCCCUUAUCAGCGCCGCCGACGUCUCUCCCGGUGGGCACGUCGUCAUUGGUUUCGGUUUUUUUGACUCGUCAACACGAAUCUUCUCCCCGUUGACCGUUUCCGCGUCGCCGAUGCCAUAAUCUUCCCCGGACGUUCCCCGUCCGCCGUCACCGGCGCGCUCGCCGCGUGCCCACACACUGUCGGUACUUAUAACAUUAUUAUUAUAAUAUAUCUACACCGUCGUCCGUCUCCUCGCUACCAUUAAAUAAUAUAUUAUAUACGUACCUUACCUGUAUUUACACGCACGCCUGACCCAAUUAUACGUGGAAACGAAAGACCCUGGACACGUCAACGUCGUCUUCAUAACAACUUCCCUGAGUCGUGCCAUCGGCAAAUUCGGCUAGGGCAAAGUGUAGACGAAUCGUGCAAAGACGUCAGGGCACGGACAACCUUUGGCGUGGGUAGGUCCCGUCGAUAAUGCUUAUGGAAAGGGUCACUGGACACAGCCGAGUUACAUGGAAGAACAUUUGGGCGGCGUUAGGGGCACAAGUGGUGGCGGUACAGACGAAGGCUCCACUAACGGUGACAAAAUUAAAAGGAUACCGCCACCGCCGCCACCGCCGUUGCACCAUUUUCAACAGCAACAACACCACCAACAACAACAACAACAAAAACAACAAAUGCAGCAACAACAACAACAAAUGCAACAACAACAACAAAUGCAACAACAUCUACAAAUGCAACAGCAACAGAAUCUUCAACAUCAUCAACAACAGCUGCAGCAACAACAACGGCAUCAGCAACAGCCGCAACAACUACAUAAUCAACAUCAGCAGCAGCAACAACUCCACCAUCAACAGCAGCAGCAACAGCAUCAUCAACAGCAGCAUCAGCAGCAACAGCAGCAUCAUCAGCAACAGCAACAACAUCAGCAACAGCAACAACAUCAGCAACAGCAACAACAUCAGCAACAGCAGCAACAGCAACAACAUCAGCAACAGCAACAACAACGACAUAAUCAGUUGCGCCACCAUCAAAUGCAGCAGCAGCAGCAGCAACAGCAACAACAAAAACAGCAACAGCAACAACAGCAACAUCAACAGCAAAAAUAUCAACAGUAUCGUAACCGUCAUCAGUAUCCGGCCGUAGUGGCUAACAGCGCCGCAUCUGUCAACCCUGCGGCCGCUGUGGCCAUCACUACUGCGGCUACCGCAACCGCCGUCAGCUCGACACCGUUUCAGUCAAAGCUUCAGAGGUCCUUGUCCAACACCGCGCUGCACGCCACAGCCACCGUGGCCGCGCCCGCGCCGUACGCUGAGGCCGCCGACCGGUCUGACUCAGGUCUCAGUUCGUCGCGCACGCUGAACUCGGGCGACGAACGGUCUGGGUCCCACUCGAGCGCAUUCAGCGGUAUCGAUGACCACGCGGCCGCCGCAUCGCCGCCCAACGAACAACAUCAGACGCCGCCGUCUACGUACAACAAUAUACCCGUCUGGAGAGACCCUCACAUGUUGCAGUCGUCGAACGGUCCCAUAAGACACGUGGACAGCGUUCAGCAUCAGAGCCUUUUCAUGUCGAACACGGCGCAAAUGCCACAGAUGAUGAUGCCCUAUCAGCCUUUCCACCCACCGUCUGUCGGGCCUCCGCCAGCGAUGCCGCCUCAGACUCCAGCGCCGUCUGCGAUGCAGCCGACCAUGGGCGCAGCCGGAGGAAUGCUGUGGAAACCGCCUACCGUUCCCGUGGCAAACGGCAACAAUAAUUCGACGGCGGCCAAUAGCUAUUACCACCAUCAUCGCCCCAACGAACAGCAGCAACUAAAUAGCAGAGGAAAUGCGGAAAAGGACGUUUACAAAGAAACGAAAAGAGCCAAACAGCCGCCGUACGCACAAGGCCCUGCCGGGGGUGGCAAAAACAGGAGCGGAGGUGUGCCCAUCGAGAACGUUUCGAAUAACGAGUACGGGCAGGUGGAAAUCGAACGGCUGGUAAACCGUCACCAGAGAGGCAAUCGCGAACAUACCGAAAAGCAACAAGCCGAGGCAGCUGUCCAUCAGCAUUUCGAGGAGAGUCUGAAACUUGCUCAGCAACAAAGGAGAACCAAUUGGAUAUCAAAUUUGCCUUCUCCACCGAAAAAUGUGUACCCAAGUCAAGGAUCUAAGACUCAAGAUACAUCUAAGCAAAGACAUACAUCUCUAAAUGGGGCAAAUCAAACCACCAAUCAUCGAGGAGUCGAUGAUUGGAAAGAAAAUAAAAAUAAAUAUGCGCCGACCAGAUCAACACCGGUUGGUCCAUCAUCUUCUAGACCUUCAACCCAGCAAGCGCACUAUAGAAGUCGGACCGUUCCUAUAUCGAAUUUCGAUCAUGAAAAUGUAUUAAACAAUACCAACGAUGGUGGAAACCACAAUAAUAUGAUCUCGUAUGCUCCUUACAUGAAUACAAAUCAUGUGUACGCACCUCCUUCCAAUUCAUCAGUGAUAGUUAGAAACGAGUCUUCGUACAAAAACUCAUCGAUGCCUGCGCCAGAAGCUUAUUUGUAUAAUCGUACUCCUACUAUCCUAACAGUUCCCGCUGUAAAAUUAGAUAAUAAAGAACCAAAACAAGCCAAACCAAUGCAUUACUCCAGGACAUCAUCUUCUUCGGUGAAUACUAGUCAAUUAAAAGGUCACAACUCUUCUCCGGAACAACAUCAUCCUGGGCCUCUGUUAAAUACACAUGGUCGUUAUGCUUUAUAUCCACCUCAAACUGAUCAUGCUCAAAGAGAUUUAGACACGCCUCCUCCAGCACACUUAAAUGCAAUGAUGUCUAGUGCCCUUCCAAAAUUUGUACCUGUCGCAGUACCAAUUGAUGAUCUCCAAACGGAAGCAUUAGAUCUAGUUAUGAUAUGUAAUAAAGCUACACCUGAAACUGAUGUUCCUUUAUAUUUAAAUUCUAACUACAAAAAUGCCAAACCAGAUCCUCAAGAUACCACAAAUACAAAUGAUAUAAAUGUUUGUGUCAAAUCUAAAAAACAUAACUAUUUAGAAAUGUAUUUGCCUGUUAACGAUAAUGUGAGCUCACCAUUGAACACAUUAAUAAGCAAUUCGACUACCAAUUCAGCAAUCUUAACGACAACACUCUCAUCGACCAACUCUAUAAUUUUGCCGUCUACUGUUUCAACGAGUAAUCCAACAAGCAAACCAAAAACAAUUUCAACAGCUAAUUUGAUAACUGUCCCAAUUUCCAUUCCGUCUACUGUUUCAAAAAUUGAUCCAAAGACUAUCCCAACUUCCAUUUCAUCUACCAUUUUACCUAAUUUGACAAUUAUUCCAACUUCCAUUUCAAUAUCCCAGUUUACAGCUUCAACAGAGAUUCCAACAAUUACUCCUGCAUCAAUUUCAAAAACCGCAUCAUCAACAAAUGUUACAACAGAAAGUUCGGUGACAACAUCUUCAAAUAUCCCAAUCACCAACUCGACUACCUAUGAUUCUUCUCCAUCUACACCUCCUCCAGUGCUAAUGCCUGCCACGUAUACAGAAAUGUCUAGUGGAAUAAAAACCCAUCAUCACAAGUUAAAGAAAGCAUGGUUACAACGCCAUGUAUGGGCAGAAGAUUUAAAAGAAGCAGGCGUCAAUAUUGACCAAAAUCCAUCACAUUCUUUCUCUCAAAUGGACGAUACUCCUCCAGUCUUACAAUGUGAAAUUACCAAAAAAAGAAAAAUUUCCAAAAACUCGUCGGACGAUAAUAUUGAGGCAACAUUGCCUCCUGUAAUUUUGCCGUGUACUUCGUACUCAGAACCGUCGACAUCAUCAGGUAGUGGGACCAAAAAGUGUAAGAAAAGAAAAGUUUCUAAUCCUGCGAUACCACCGGAAAAUAAAGGCACAACAGACAAUGACAAGCCUUUAGAUACGGAAAAGAAAGUUCCACCGAUUAAGAUUCCUAAAAAAAGAGGAAGAAAACCAAAGGUUGUUGUAAGUAUACCUUUGAAAAAAGGAAAAAAUAAUGACGGUGAAGUGCGGUUUUUUCAAUCGGGCCCAUGUUUAAAUGCUGGGCCAAAGAUACAUAAAUGUCGAGAAUGUCGUAUAUUCAUAAACAAUAAGAAAAAUGAUUUAAUGACGCAAGAUGAAAUUGAUAACAUAUUUUGUCGGUUCUAUGCAUUUCGUCGGUUGUUCACAAACAAAACUGGGCAAUUAAUGAAUGCUGGGUUUCCCGAUCCUUUCUUGGAUAUUACUGAAGAUGAUGCGAAUCUUUGGCUACCUAACCCAAAAUGUCCACCAAGUUCAUUAGAUGUUGAAGUUGCAAAAAAAGUGUUAGUUGAGGCUGGUCGUCAAUUUUGCUAUUUAGUAAAAGAAGAAAAUAAAGCUCUAACUCUGUCACCAUAUUUCCAAGGCAAACCUAUUGCGUGGAAAAAAGCAGCUAAUGGUGUGAGGGAAAUGUGUGAUGUUUGUCUUACGACUAUUUUUAACUACCACUGGGCCUGCGCAAAAUGUGGUUUUGGUGUUUGCAUCGAUUGUGUUAAGGCGCGUCUCAAUGGCUCGUCAGAGUUGCCAAACGCCGCGACUAUGACUAAGAAGGACCUGCGAGAGAAGGACACAUUCACGUGGAUGACAUGUAACAGCAAACAUAAUCACGACGUUGAGCGGCUCAUGCUUACACAAAUCGUAGCCAGUGACUCGAUGGACGUUGUAUUCUCUGAAUUACACAAAGUCAGUACUUUGUGGAACCUUGCAAUAGAAUGUGGUUGUCCAGACCAUCCUUUCCCUGAGACACCGGGCGAUUCCAGUACUGAUGACGACGAUGACAAUGUGCCUUCAGUAUCACAGGCAAGCACUUCAAAUACUGAGAACUCUCAAAUCAGUCUUACUGAAAAUUCUGAAAACAGUUCUGCUGAGAACUUGAAAAACGAAUCUGCUGAUAAAUCAAAAAUUAAAAUGUCUGAGGACUCUCAAAACAUUCCUGCCGAAGGUUCGAAAAUCAAUGCUGCUGAAAAAUCUAAGAAAAGUCUUGCUGAGAGCUCAUCGGGAAAUAUUGCCGAGGAAUCAAAGAGUCUUUCCCAAAAUGCUAUUAACAUCGAACCGCAGAUUGCCGGGUGUUCAAAUGGCGGACGAGUGAGUGUACAAUCUCAUCCGAGAAGGAGAGGGCAGGCUCUUAAACACUUUGUCCGUAAGAAAAAUAAAUAUCUGAAGACUAUUCCACGCGAGCCGCUUCCGCCACGUGUAAUGACACUGGCAGAGAGCCGAGAAUUUUUUCCGAACAAUCCCCAUACAUGGCUAUGUGAGGGAAAACUGUUGAGACUUUUGGAUCCCGAAGAUCCUACUAACUGCGAUAUGUUUCAAGAACAGUGGAAAAGAGGUCAACCAGUGAUGGUCAGUGACGUGGGCCAAAGGUUAAAUCCGGAACUGUGGAGUCCUUAUUCGUUUAGUCGUGACUUCGGUGAAUUUACCAACGACUUGAUUGACUGUGCAACUGGUAUGCUUGUCGAGGGUAAGACAAUGAAACAGUUUUGGGAUGGUUUUGAGGACGAAAGCAAGCGACUUAAAGGUUUGGAUGGUAAACACAUGUUGUUGAAACUAAAAGACUGGCCAGUUGGCACUGAUUUUGCGGACACCUUACCUGAAAGCGUUUUCCGAUACAGAUUUGAUGAUCUAAUGAGAGUAUUGCCGUUAAAAGAUUAUACUCUACGCGACGGAAAUCUUAAUUUGGCCGCUAGAUUACCGGCAUGUUUUGUACGACCAGAUCUUGGGCCAAAAAUGUACUCAGCUUACGGGAACGCUGGAAAUCGCGAUUCCGGAAAACGGUUAAUGAGUACAACUAAUCUACAUUUGGACGUAUCGGAUGCAGUUAAUGUAAUGGUGUAUGUGGCUAUUUCGCACAAGAGUGAGAACCAAGACGAAGCUGAUCAUGAAUGGCACGUAAAGGAAGCGUAUCGGGCGAUCGACGAGGCUGGCUGUGACAUGGCAAGUAGGAGACGGGCCCGCGAACCCAAAGAGUUGCCGGGAGCUGUGUGGCACAUUUAUCACGCCAAGGACGCAGACUCGAUACGUGACCUGUUGAACAAAGUGAGCGCCGAACGCGGUGAACCACUGGAACCUAACCACGAUCCCAUCCACGACCAAUCCUCAUACUUGGAUGCAGAUCUCAGGGCGCGGUUGUAUACUGAAUACGGUGUCCAGGGUUACGCGGUGGUACAGUGUCUAGGUGACGCCAUAUUCAUCCCGGCCGGAGCCCCACACCAGGUGAGAAAUCUGCACAGCUGCAUCAAGGUUGCUGGUGACUUCGUGUCACCUGAAAACGUAUCUCAGUGUUUCCGGUUGAUGAACGAGUUCCGCGAACUGUCCAGCAACCACAUUAAUCACGAGGACAAGCUGCAGAUCAAGAAUAUCAUGUUCCACGCGGUUAAGGACUCGAUUUCGGUAUUGUUGCACGAAAAUCUGGAAGAACGGCAGGAACAACAGGAACCGGAAGAGGAACAGGAAAAGAAGGAGUAAAUGCGUAUUGAUUAUUAUUUCUGUCUAUGGUAAUUUAUCAUUAUUUAAUUUUGACCAUUAUUAUUUUUUCUCUCAUUGUUAUUGCAUAUUAUAUUAAUUUGUAAAUAAUCUAUAAAUGA